CAUCAUCAAAGUCCAGGACAUUAAUGACAAUCCACCGCAGUUCAUUGAAGGCCCGUACCGAGCCUCUGUUCCAGAAAUGUCUGCUGUUGGUACCCCAGUUACCCGGGUAACAGCUACCGAUGCCGAUGAUCCAGUGUACGGGAACAGCGCAAAACUAGUCUACAGCAUACUGGAGGGACAACCAUAUUUCUCCAUAGACCCCAACUCAGCGACCAUAAAAGUUGCUCUCCAUGGGAUGGAUCGGGAGAUGAGAGAGGAGUAUCUGGUGGUCAUUCAGGCUAAGGACAUGGGAGGUCACAUGGGGGGCUUAUCUGGAACUACGACUGUUACCGUCACGCUAACGGACAUCAACGACAAUCCACCAAAGUUCUCUAAAAGUUUGUAUGAGUUUGUGAUCCCUGAAGACCUCCCGUUGGGAAAAAUGGGUGGCAAGGUGAAAGCAAAUGAUAGAGACAUCGGCGAGAAUUCCAAGUCAACAUAUAACAUUGUGGAGGGAGAUGACCAUGGCAUGUUUGAGAUUAUUACGGACACACAGACACAAGAAGGGAUUCUUCGACUGAAAAGGCCUUUAGACCACGAGAGCAAGCGAGCCUACAGCCUGAAAGUUGAAGCCACCAACAUCCGCUCUGAGCCCACCAGUGGUGGGCCCUUCAAGGAUACAGCUACAGUUAAGAUUGUGGUUGAAGACUCUGAUGAACCUCCCGUUUUCUCCAAGCCAGUGUACUUACUGGAAGUGAAUGAGAACGCCCCCAUCAACACAGUCAUAGGGACAGUCACCGCCAGGGAUCCAGAUGUCACUGGGAGCCUGGUCAGGUACUUCAUCGAUCGGCACACUGACCUGGAGAGGCAGUUCAACAUCAACGUGGACGAUGGGAAGAUCACACUGGCUAAACCAUUGGACCGAGAGACAGAUAUGUGGCACAACAUUACAGUAACCGCCACAGAAGUCAGAAACCACAGUCAGAUAUCGAGGGCAAUUGUGGCCAUCAGAGUUAUGGACAUUAAUGACAAUGCCCCUGAAUUUGCCACAGAAUACGAGGCCUUUCUGUGUGAAAAUGGAAAACCUGGACAGGUGAUUCAGACUGUCAGCGCGGUGGACAAAGAUGACCCAAUCCAGGGCCACUACUUUGACUAUCGUCUCGUCCCGGAGAUGCUCAACAACCCCAAUUUUACCAUUAAAAACAACCAAGACAAUUCAAUCAGCGUUCUAGCCAAGCAUGAUACCUUCCGACGACAGAAACAGGAGAUGUACUUCUUGCCAAUCAUUGUGACGGACAAUGGGAAUCCACCGAUGAGCAGCACCAACACCUUGACCAUCCGAGUCUGUGGGUGCAGUAAAGACGGCAUUGUCCAGUCCUGCAACGUGGAGGCCUAUGUCUUACCUAUUGGCCUUAGCAUGGGAGCUCUCAUUGCCAUCCUUGCGUGCAUUAUACUGCUGUUAGUAGUACUAUUUGUGACCCUGAGGCGACACAAGAAUGAGCCCCUGAUUAUAAAGGAUGACGAAGAUGUGAGGGAGAAUAUUAUCCGUUACGAUGAUGAAGGCGGCGGCGAGGAGGACACGGAGGCUUUCGACAUCGCAACACUGCAGAACCCGGACGGCAUCAAUGGUUACCUGCCACGCAAGGACAUCAAGCCUGACCUGCAGUUUAUGCCCCGGGCGGGCCAGCACUCUGGCCCAAACGGUGUGGAUGUGGACGAAUUCAUCAACGUAAGGCUCCAUGAGGCAGACAAUGAUCCCACAGCGCCGCCUUACGACUCCAUCCAGAUCUAUGGGUACGAGGGUCGGGGAUCCAUCGCCGGCUCCCUCAGCUCACUGGAGACGGCGUCCUCAGACUCGGACCAGAACUAUGACUAUCUCAGAGAGUGGGGCCCACGCUUCAGAAGACUUGGGGAGCUCUACUCUGUGGGUGAGAGCGACCGUGAGACCUGACCUUUGGUUUGUUAGAAGACCUUUCUGAUUUUCUUUUCUGUCCACAUACUUGUGUAUCAAACACUAGGGGGUUUGCUGGCUUUUAGAAACAGGUGUUUAAAAAGAAAAAAAAAACUGUUAAUAACAAGAGAGGCCACCUUUUUGUAUUCUUCUUAGAGUGAGGUAUAGCAGUCGUCAUCCACUAUGUCAAGCGCAUUGUAAUUGUUGAGCCAAACAAUGUCUUUAUUAGGAGAUCUAUGAUUCUUGUGGAGUAUAACUUAGAUUCCGUUGUGGAGUGUCUAGCAGUAUUUUGGGUGUUAGUCAUUUGCUGUGACUGCCAGUAGCAGAAAAACCCUGGGAUUUGCUGGUAGUUGCCCAAUGAAAGGAAAUAAUGAAUAUCGUUGGGUUUUUUGAAGCUUGAGCGGACACCAUUCUACAUGCCGCAUGGACAGCAAGCUGGACCUCACAAGCUGCAGAGGGACUCUUGUUUUAAGCCACCCUAAGCUGAUUGGUGAUCUGAAAGAAAAUGACAAUGAAAAAGCAAUAUAUGGUCUACAUUACAAUGAUGAAUGUAUGUAUGAUUUGAAAAAAGCAAAAAUACAACCCAGUAUUGGCUUUAAGGUGAAUUUGUUAUCAUUUGAUAUCUUCUCUGGUGGCCACAUUUAUAAACUAUCUAAAGCCCUGAAAGGCUUGCUUUAUACAACUCUUUGUAUUUACACGCUACAGGUGUGGGUCGCAAGUGUUACUAGCCUAUAAAAGACUGAAGUGAAGACAAAAAAGAGAAAUGUAGAAACUCUGAGGCCUUCUUUUUACAGAAGCAACAUUAAAUACAAUUGUAAUCUACUGUUUUUUGACAAGAGAUGUGUUGAUUCAUUAUUGUUCUAUGAGUUUUUGUAUUUCUGUUCCUAAAUAAUUUUUUUCUGUGCUGACAAUUUGAAGUGUGUUUAGAUUAUUUCACAUUCAGCUGUUUUUUCAACCACCUGAACACUGUUUCAUCACAGCCAAACCAUAAAAUGAAUUUAUUGCCGUUGAUGAUAUAGACUAGAUGUAAGCAGGCAAACAAGAGCUCUAAGUUACUUUAACAGUAUAGAUGAUCUAAUUAAUUGGGACUGCAGGAAUGGGACCUUUCUGACACAUGCUAAUUCUAUGUAAAAUAUAUCUCAUAAUAUAUUCUGAGGUACAGCCAGCGAGCGUCUGAGCACAAUAGUCCAAUUGAUACCUGAGUAAGUGACUCCCCCCAAACAUCAGAUCUCAUUUAGGAAACACAGAUUGCAUUAGCCCAAGAAAAAAUGAAGACACAAAUCCAGACCAUGUGCGUAUUGCAUAUUGUGCUUACACUGUAUGAUAUCAAUAAAAAAGACUUGUACUGUACAUAGAGUUACUGCUAACGUCAUUAGCUUUCAAUGAGGUGGUAGGUUUUGUCUCUGCACGUUAGCUCUUGCACAUAAUGAGAAUUUCAAUGGCACUACAGCUGCGUGCAUACUCAGUUUGUACUGAUACAGUAUUAUGGCAGUUCUCGGUAGACUAAACAAUAUAUAUGGAAUAGUCCUACAUGCAGAUCAU